UUUAAAUACUGAAACUGUCAGUGAGCUGUGCCACUGCUCUUCAGUAGCUAAGCUCGUCUGUGACCUCACCAUGUUCAUCCACUGUGAGCUGAUAAUACUGAGUCUUGCACUGGCUCUUCAUGGCAAGGUUCAUUCAGCAAGAAUCAUUGGAGGCCAUGAGGCUGUGCCGCACAGCAGGCCAUACAUGGCGAUUGUGAUGGGGAAGGGCGGUACAAGAAAUUUCUGCGAUGGCUUCCUUCUGAAUAAGAAUUUUGUGAUGACUGCAGCCCACUGCCAGGACAGAUCCUAUGAAGUUCUCCUAGGAGUUCACGAUGUCCGUAAAAGUAAUGAUGCACAGCGAGUGUCAGUGGAACAAGCAUUCCCACAUGAAGGCUAUAAUGCAACUACCUAUGAAAAUGACAUAAUGCUUCUUAAGCUGAGCUCCGAGGCAACCUUCACCCAAAACGUGGAACCCAUCGCUCUCGCAGAACGAAAAGGUGACUCUCUGCCAAAAUCAUGUCUCGUCUCUGGCUGGGGAAGAACAUCAGAGAACGACCAAUACAUGUCUGACGUUCUCAUGGAAGUCAACGUAACACUCAUCAAUGACGAGAGGUGUGAAUCUGAAAACUUGUUCUGCUCUACGGGAAACAAAGGAACGGGUCAAGGAGACUCUGGUGGUCCACUGGUCUGCGAGGAUGGAAAGGCAUACGGGGUGGUGUCCCACACCUACAGAGCAAAAGAUGGACAGGUCUUCUAUUCUUAUGCUAAGAUCCCUGACCACAAAAAUUGGGUAUAUCUGACCAUCAAAAAUGCAAAGCAUAUAAGAACUUAUGUUGUCAGUGAGGUGCGCCACAGCUCUUCAGUAGCUGGACUGGAGUGCAACCUCACCAUGUUCAGCCACUGUGAACUGGUGCUACUGAUACUUGCACUGACUCUUGAUCGCCAAGUUCAUACAGGGGAAAUCAUCGGAGGCAAAGAGGCUGUGCCACAUAGCAGGCCAUACAUGGUGAUUGUGGAGAAGCGAACUGAGAAUAACUCAAAACCAAAAAUGUGUGAUGGCUUCCUUGUGAACGAAGAGUUUGUGUUGACUGCAGCCCAUUGCAAGGCCGAGUCCUACAAAGUCUGGCUGGGAGUUCACAAUUACCAUAACCAAAGUGGGGUAGAGAAUGUGUCUGUGGAACAAGCAUUUCCACAUGAAAACUACAGUCAACUAACUUACCGCAAUGACAUAAUGCUUCUCAAGUUGAGCUACAAGGUGAAGUUCAACAAAAAUGUGAAAGGCAUCGCUCUCGCAGACGAAGGUGACUCUCCGCCAAAAUCAUGUCUAGUCUCUGGCUGGGGAAAAACUUCUGAGAACAAUGAAUAUGGGUCUGAUGUUCUCAUGGAAGUCAAUGUAACACUCGUUGACGAUGAGCAGUGUGCUGAGAGUAACUGGUACUGCUCUGUGGGAGAAACAGGGCCGGGCCAAGGAGACUCUGGUAGUCCACUGAUCUGCGAGGGUGGAAAGGCAUACGGGGUGGUGUCCUUCAUGACCAAAUCACAAGACUCGGAUCCUACCUAUGUCUUCACAAAGAUUCCUGACUACAGAAGCUGGAUCAAUUCAACAAUUGAACAUCAUAAAAAAAAAAUGAUGACUGACUGAUGAAAUCACAACAUUUGAAUUCAUGUUGCAUAACACAUAAGCCGAACUGUUAAUUUCCAGACUGAAUCCAUAGCAAUUAGACAUUCAGACCAAAGUUGGGUCUUUACAAUGACAUCACAAAGAUAAAAAGAUUUGUUUUAUUUGGAAAGUUAAAACAACUGAAAAUAUGAAUGUGAACAUGAUUUGGCUUGAAAUCAGAUAUUAAAAUGUAGAUUUGAUGGUGUUUAUUAGGUUCAAUAUAUGUUAAACUAGAUGCUAUUGCUCUGCUCUUAAAUCCAACAUUACUUUACACUUUGUGUAUCUUCUUCUUGACUUGAUCAAAUGAGAACACAGGAUCCUCUAAGUUUGUAUCGUGGCAUCUUUGUUAAAUGAUAAACUGCUGCUUGUCUCGCCAUGUUCUCUCAGUGCCUCUGUUCAUUCCUGCGCAUGAAUUAAAAAUCAACACAAAAGACAACACUGCCUCCUUGUGAUGAUACUGUAUUGAUGCAGGUUCACUUUUCACUUCUUGAAACUUUCAUCUACUCUUUUAUAAGCUCUAAACUUGAAAGCAAUGAUAAGUAUUAUCACGUGUGUGGAGGAGAGACAGGGGUACAUUAAACCUUUUUUUCCCCAAAUAAAAUAAUAAUGGUUUAAGUAGCUUUGUGUGUUUGGCAUAUUAAUGUUCACAACAGGAAAAAGCCUUUCACAUUUUGUUACUUUGCCUUUUGUGCCACCAUCAGGCCAUUUCCAUUACUUACAUGACUAACUAGUGGAGCAACAUGGCCAUAUUUCAAGCAUCAAAGGACCUGUCUCAUGUUUUUUCACUCAGGAGGGCCCUCUGCAUAGCCAUUCUAAUAUAACAUACUGAAUAUACGGUACCUCAAGAGUGAGAGUCAUCCAUAUCCACACAUCAGAUUAGACAGCAUGAGGCGAGAGAUCCAGUCCCAGCGACGGAGCCCAGGUUGAAGUGACGG